CAAGCACGACCUCCUCCUCGAUCAAGUCCCAGCAGCAAGAAACCAAGGCGAUCAACAAGAUUUCCUUCUCUUCCGUACGAGCAGACUCGAUCUGACUUACUAGAAGAACUCGGAACUCUGAAGAGAGAGUGACCGCCGCCAUGGGUGUGGCAUGGAUGGUGGCCGCCGCCGUCGCGGCGGUGCUGGCGUCGUGGGCGUUCAACGCGCUGGUGCACCUCGUCUGGCGCCCCCACGCCGUCACCAGGCGGCUCCGCGCGCAGGGCCUGCGCGGGCCGGCAUACAGGUUCUUCUCCGGGAACCUCGGCGACAUCAAGCGGCUCCGCGCCGAGGGCGCCGGCGUCACCCUGGACGUCGGCGACCACGACUUCAUCCCCAUGGUGCAGCCGCACUUCCGCAAGUGGAUCUCCCUCUACGGGCGGACGUUCGUGUACUGGACUGGCGCGAGGCCGAACGUGUGCGUGGCGGACGUGAACGUCGUCAAGCAGGUGCUCUUCGACCGCACCGGGCUCUACCCCAAGAACCUCAUGAACCCGCACAUCUCCCGCCUGCUCGGCAAGGGCCUCGUCCUCACCGACGGUGACGACUGGAAGCGCCACCGCAAGGUCGUGCACCCGGCAUUCAGCAUGGACAAGCUCAAGAUGAUGACGGCGACCAUGUCGGACUGCGCUCAGUCGAUGAUGUCCGAGUGGCAGGCACAGCUGGCGAAGGGCGGCGACGUCGAGGUCGAGCUGAGCAGGCGGUUCGAGGAGCUCACCGCCGAUGUGAUCUCGCACACGGCGUUCGGGAGCAGCUACGUCCAGGGGAAGAAAGUCUUCCUGGCGCAGAGGGAGCUCCAGUUCCUCGCCUUCUCCACCGUGUUCGACGUCCAGAUCCCGGCGUUCAGGUACCUCCCAACCGAGAAGAACCUCACGACAUGGAAGCUGGACAGGCAGGUGAGGGGAAUGCUCAUGGACAUCAUCAAGAGCCGUCUCGCCGCCAAGGACACCGCAGGGUACGGGAACGACCUGCUCGGGCUGAUGCUGGAGGCGUGCGCGCCGGAGCACGGCGAGGCCCCGCUCCUGAGCAUGGACGAGAUCAUCGACGAGUGCAAGACCUUCUUCUUCGCGGGGCACGACACCACCUCGCACCUGCUCACCUGGGCCACGUUCCUGUUGAGCACGCACCCGGAGUGGCAGGACAGGCUCCGGGAGGAGGUGCGGCGGGAGUGCGGCGAUGAGGUCCCCACCGGCGACGCGCUCAACAAGUUGAAGGAGGUCAAUAUGUUCCUCCUGGAGACACUGCGGCUAUACGGUCCGGUGUCGUCGAUACAGCGGAAGGCGGGCUCCGACCUCGACCUUGGUGGCGUCCAGGUGCCCGAGGGCGCGAUCUUGACGAUCCCAAUCGCGACAAUCCACCGCGACAAGGAUGUCUGGGGCGAGGACGCAGGUGAGUUCAGGCCCGAGAGGUUCGAGAACGGGGUGACGAGGGCGGCUAAGCACCCCAAUGCAUUGUUGUCUUUCUCCAGCGGGCCGAGGUCGUGCAUUGGGCAGAAUUUCGCCAUGAUCGAGGCCAAGGCCGUGGUCGCCAUGAUCCUGCAGAAGUUCGUCCUCGAGCUGUCCCCCAAGUAUGUCCACGCGCCCAUGGACGUGCUCACGCUGCGGCCCAGGCACGGGCUACCAAUGAUCCUCAAGCACUUGUAGGUGUACGAGUGACUAGAAGUAUCAAGCAUGCUGUGUAUCAUAUACGUAGCGUAUUGUAUUUGUUGACUAUUUUUUUCUUUUUUUUUUCUCUAUGGUGUACUACUACACAUAUGUAUUAUUUAAUUAUUUAUUUUGCUUGCUGCUGAUUAGAUCCA